AUGGCUGUAACACUGUUGGAUACACGGAUAAGCCCAUUUGGCAUGAGAGUGAGAAUAGCUUUAGAAGAGAAGGGUGUCAAGUAUGAGUACAGGGAAGAGGAUUUGAGGAGCAAGAGUCCUAUGCUUCUUCAAAUGAACCCAGUUUACAAGAAGGUCCCAGUUCUCAUCCACAAUGGGAAAUCAAUCUGUGAGUCUCUUAUUGCUGUUCAGUACAUUGAUGAGGUGUGGAAUGAAAAUUCUCCUCUGUUAUCCUCUGAUCCUUACCAGAGAGCUCAAUCCAAGUUUUGGGCUGAUUUUGUUGACAAGAAGGUGUAUUUUCCUGGGAGGAAGACAUGGACAAAACAAGGGCAAGAGCUAGAGGCAGGCAAGAAUGAAUUAAUUGAGUCCCUCAAGUUGUUAGAAGGAGAGCUAGGAGACAAGCCUUAUUUUGAAGGUGACAAACUUGGUUAUGUGGAUGUUGCACUCGUCCCUUUCUAUAGCUGGUUUCAGGGCUAUGAGACAUUUGGUAACUUCAGCAUAGAGGAUGAGUGUCCCAAGUUGAUUGCUUGGUGUAAGAGGUGCAUGCAGAAAGAGAGUGUAUCUAAGUCUCUUGAAGAUCCACAGAAAGUUUAUGAUUUUGUUGUGGAGAUCAGGAAGAAGUUGGGGCUUGAAUAG